CUUCCAAACGUUUUGUCUUCAGUUAAAUACUUCGUUGAACGAAAAGGUUUAAUUUUUGCGGAAGAGACUCUGUACAGUCUUUGGAAGGCACAGAUAAACCUCUGAACUAGGCAGAUAGGUGAAGUUAACUAAAUUAAGCUGAUCGUAAAUGCAAACAUUUUGACUGAUUUUGAUCCGUGAAACUGAAGCAAAUGAAGGAUUUGUAUCUGAAGAUGUUAAGCUUAAUUUCAUAAUUUUUGUGAAAAUGAGCAUCAACAGAAUAGCAAUAAGAACCAACAAAGGAGAUUACCUUGGAGGAGAAAAGAUCUAUGGCACUGUGUACUUAUGGAUAUGUGCUACUGAUCCAUGCAGAGGAGUGAAACUGAAAUUUAGAGGAUAUGAAAAAUGUGAAUGGGAAUUUCGAGAAGUACAGCAGGAUGAAGAAACUCAAUUGCCAGUCGAGAGGAUAGGAACCAGAAACUCCAAGAGAGACAUGUUCAGAGCUGAACUGCGACUCAUUGAAUACCCUGAUGGGAUACCUAUGGGCUGCUAUGCUUAUCCAUUCCACUACACUUUGCAGCAAGGUUUACCAGGAUCUUUUGAUGCAAAUGGGCAUCAAGCAAAUGGAGACAAGUGGAAAGCACAGAUCACAUAUAAAGUAAUAGCAGAAGUUGACAGACCUGGAUCAGGAGAAGUUCUGAAGGCUUCACAGUUCAUCACUGUAAAUGAACAUCUUCCCCUGACAUCAGUAGAACCUGAGGUCAUGACAGAGCGCAGGACUGUCAAGAUUUGUUGUUGCAUCCCAAAGGGAGAUGUUUUAGUGAAUGUAUGGAUGGAUAAGAGAGUUUACACAUCAGGAGAAACAGCUUCCCUUCAUGUUGAUGUCAAGAACAACUCUAAUGUAGAUAUUGACUCUUUUAUUGUUAAGCUCAUUAGAGUGGUAAACCUUAAACCUCAAGAAAAAGACCUUUCAUUGUCAGUAAGCAGUCAGGAAGAGAGACAGCCUGUGGGAACAAGGAUUCCAUGUGUUGUGGACAGUGUCAAGGAGAGGUCACUUGAUGGUUGUGAAGGCAACCAGCUACGAAACAUGGAAAUACCCCUUGACCUGUUUGAGGAGACUUCACGGGAAGAACUUCAACCUUCUACUAAUGGCCAAGUUGCAAAGUGUAAGUACCAUGUAGAUGUUGAGAUAGACAUCAAGUGGGCACUUCCCAUCUCUGUUCAAUUACCAAUAACUUUGAGAUCACCACCCAACCAAUCAUGGAUUGAUUGGGAGCCACCUCCAUGGGUGUACAAUUGCAGAGUCAUAAAGAUCACUGGUCCCUGUGCUGUCCCAGAGCAUUUAUUAGGUUCCAAAUCGUUUGUCAAUAUCCCUGGAAUUCAAGCAGACCCUUUCUGAAUAAAACAUGACAUGCACGGCCAAAUUCUGUGAAAGGAGAGUUUAGAACAAUUUGAACUGUUUAAGCUUGUUGCUGUGGCUACUAUGUUGUGUCUUAGUCUAGCUGUUGUCUUGAUUACAUUGUGGUGAAAGAUUGCUUAUUAUAAUAAGUAGUCAUUGAUUUGGGAGGGGGGGAUUGUAAAAUAAACUUUAUGAAAAUUAUGGGAAGGUUAUCAUUCUUUCCUGUGACUGCUGGAUAGAAUUAAUAGUCAAUGAAAUCAAGAGAAAUUGUGCAGUGCUUUACACAAUUUUAUUAUAUCAAAAUGUUUUUAGUGAUUAUAAAAGAAUUAUUUAAGCAACAGUCAGAAUCAUGGGAAAAAAAGCCCUUCAAAGCUAGGUUUUUAAAAUUAUUAGAAUAUAAGUAUUAUUACUGGUAGUUAGAAAAAAUUGUAAGAGGUCAAGGCUAUAAUUAUUUUAUGGGAAAAUAAUCUGUUAAUAAACAAACAUGACAGAAUUUGUAUGACCAGCAUACAAAUUCAAAUAUUUUAAAGUAUAUUUUAUUGUGUAAUGUAGUCAU